AUGUCCGCCAGGUUCUUAAGGCUCAAGGAAUCCUGGAUACGGUUCUUGAUCCUAGUUAGAAUGUGCCUAGCUACUCCUAGAGAAGUUGCCGAUUUGGAAGCGAAUAGAGCUAAUUUGGAGGAAAACAAGGCAAAAGCCAACAUUCUCAUGACACAUCACAUGAAUGACUCGCUCCAAAAUGAGUACUUGAAUAAAGAAGAUCCCAGAAAGCUGUGGGUUGAACUUGAAGAGCAAUUUCAUAACGUUCAUAACUCCCUGCUUCCUUAUUUAGAAGUGAGAUGGAACAAUCUCCGCUUAUGUGAUUUCAAGUCUAUACUUGACUAUAACUCGAAAGCCCUUCGCAUCAAGUCUUUGAUGGAAUUCUGCGAAAAGUAUAUCAAUGAUGCGUUGAUGAUCAAGAGGACUCUCUCUACCUUCCCCGACUCUGCAAUGAUGGUUGCCAAGAACUAUUAG